UCUCCCACAAUCCUUUCGAAAAAUGGUGGACAGGAGGCUGAAUUUUUGAUGAUGGAAACAUAACUUUAUUGAUUUAUGUCUGUCGAGCACCAAAAGCCGAUUGUAUGUCUUUGUCUAGAUGUACAUAAAAACAUUUUCAAUAAAGUCAAUUCAUGUUUAUGUCAUACUGUGUACGCUGUGAACGACAAUCAACAUUUUCUUCAUCAAAAAUGAGCCGAAUGAAUUUUUGACUGGAGCCCAUGAGCCCCAUCUGUCAAAAUUUACGUGAACAGAUUGACACUUACUGGCUUUAUUAAGAAUCUGUUUCAACAUUCGGAAUAAUGGGUGAACCAGCAGCUCCUGCUGAUGAAACUAUUAAAGUCGUAUGUCGUGUAAGACCAUUGAACAGCUCCGAAGAGAAGGCUGGGAGUAAAUUUGUUCUGAAAUUCCCGUCGGAAGAAACUAUAUCAUGCGGGGGUCUAGGAUCCGAUAGCCGGGGCCCUGGCAAGUUGUUUGCAUUUGAUCGCGUUUUGAAACCCAACGUCAGCCAAGAGUAUGUUUACACGGUGUCUGCAAAACCUAUAGUGGCAGACGUGCUCAGCGGUUACAAUGGCACAAUAUUCGCGUACGGCCAGACGUCCUCGGGCAAGACCCACACAAUGGAGGGCGUGUUGGGCGAUGCAGAACUGCAGGGCAUUAUACCACGUAUCGUGCAGGACAUCUUCAACUAUAUCUAUGGCAUGGAUGAGAACCUGGAGUUCCAUAUCAAAGUGUCUUACUUCGAGAUCUACAUGGACAAGAUCAGAGAUCUGCUGGAUGUGACAAAAACCAAUCUGUCCGUGCAUGAAGACAAGAACAAAGUUACUUACGUCAAGGGGGCCACAGAGCGGUUUGUGUCAAGCCCUGAGGAAGUGAUGGAGACCAUAGACGAAGGGAAAGCCAACAGACAUGUGGCUGUAACAAAUAUGAAUGAACACAGCAGUCGAAGCCACAGUGUGUUCCUAAUCAAUGUAAAACAGGAGAAUACUGUCACACAGAAGAAACUUAGCGGGAAACUGUAUCUAGUCGAUUUAGCGGGUAGUGAAAAGGUUGGCGCUGAGGAAAAAAAAGUCAGUAAGACUGGCGCAGAGGGAGCCGUGUUAGACGAGGCGAAGAACAUCAACAAAUCUCUAUCAGCACUCGGAAAUGUUAUAGCUGCAUUAGCAGAAGGCAAUAAGAGUCACGUGCCUUAUCGUGACAGCAAGCUGACGCGUAUAUUACAAGAAAGUUUAGGUGGGAAUGCCCGCACCACGAUGGUCAUCUGUUGUUCACCGGCCUCAUAUAACGAGUCUGAGACGAAAUCCACGCUGUUGUUCGGGCAGAGGGCCAAGACAAUCAAGAACGUGGUGUCGGUGAAUGAGGAGUUGACUGCGGAGGAGUGGAAGCGCCGCUACGAGAAAGAGAAGGACAAGAACAACAAGCUGAGAAUUGUGAUGGCUAAACUGGAGGCUGAACUGGCAGCUUGGAGAAGUGGUCAGUCAGUCCCACUGGAGGAGCAGGUGGAUGUUCUCAAGGUCGCAACCUCUGACAUGGAGACCACGCCCACUGCCACGCCCUCCACAUCCCUGAUUGGCUCCCUCACAGGCUCCAUCACCAUCAGCGAGGCUGACAAGGCCGCCUUCGAGGCUGAAAAGAUGAAGUUCUACCAGAUGCUCGAUGAUAAGGAUGAGGAGAUUGACAAGCAGUCACAGCUGAUUGAGAAGAUGGAACAGCAGAUGCAGGAGCAGGAGGAGCUGAUUGCAGCAGCCAGGAGAGAUAACGAGAACAUCCAGGCUGAAAUGUCCACCAUCUCCCAGGAGUAUGAUGCAGCCAAGGAUGAGGUUAAAGAAGUCCUUCAGGCGCUGGAGGAGCUUGCAAUGAACUACGACCAGAAGUCACAGGAGGCUGAGAGCAAAAACAAGGAGUACGAUCAGCUUAAUGAGGAACUCAGCCAGAAAAUUGCCCUUCUGAACAGUCUUCAGUCUGAGCUAGACAGCACAAAGGACUCGAGUCUCCACCAGCGCAAACGGAUCACCGACAUGAUGAUGUCCCUGCUGAGAGACCUCAGUGACAUUGGCACCAUUGUGGGAGGCAACUCUGCAGAGACAAAGAUGAUGACGGGCAACACCGAGAAGGUGGAGGAGGAGUUCACGGUGGCGCGACUCUACAUCUCCAAGAUGAAGUCUGAGAUCAAGACUCUGGUGACGCGCGCGCAGUCUCUCGAGUCCACGCAGCAGGAUGCCUGCACCAAGCUGACCAGCGCAGAGAAGGACCUAGAUGACUGCAGGCUACUCAUUCAACAGCACGAGGCAAAGAUGAAGACGCUGCAGGAGACGAUACAGGACGUGGAGACCAAGAAGAGAUCCCUGGAGGAGAACGUAGACAUGCUCAGCGAGCGACUGGCAGCUGCAUCUGCUGCUGAGCAAGUGCACCUGUCUGCUAAGGUAGAGUUGCAGACGUCGAUGGACAUGAAGACCGCGCUGGAGUCACAGAUGGAGGUGCAUCGGGAGCAGCACGCCAGGCAGAUCUCUAGCCUGCGCGAUGAGAUAGCCUCCAAGCAGGCGCACAUGGACCAGCUUAGAGACACCAAUCAGAAGCUGACGUUGGCCCUAGAGAAGGUGCAAGGAGAUUAUGACAAGCUGAAACAGGAGGAGUCCGAGAAGUCCACCAAACUGGCUGAGCUCUCCCUGCAGAUCGACCGCCGGGAGCAGGCACGCCAGGACCUCAUGGGGCUUGAGGAGACAGUGGCCAAGGAGCUGCAGACCCUCCACAAUCUGAAGAAGCUGUUUGUUCAGGACCUCCAGAACAGAGUCAGAAAGACGACGAAAAAAGGAGAGGAAGACGAUGAAGAGGAUGUUGGAGGAAGCGCGGCCCAGAAACAGAAGAUCAGCUUCCUUGAGAACAACCUGGAACAACUCACUAAGGUCCACAAACAGUUGGUGCGUGAUAACGCAGACCUGCGCUGUGAGCUCCCCAAGCUGGAGAAGCGUCUACGAGCCACCAUGGACAGAGUUAAGGCCCUUGAGACGGCCCUUAAGGAUGCCAAGGAAGGGGCCAUGAGGGAUAGGAAGAGCGUUGCUUUGUGGCAAGAAAGGUAUCAGCACGAGGUUGACAGGAUCAAGGAAGCUGUGAGACAGAAGAACCUGGCCCGCCGUGGACACGCUGCUCAGAUAGCCAAACCUAUCCGCCCUGGUCAGCACCCCCAGUCCACUGUCAGUCCACAGUCCGUGGGUAUCCGUGGAGGUGGAGCAGUUGUGAAUGGACCGGCCAGAGCUUAGAUUCCAGAUUUAGUAAAAGUUAUGUUUAUGUCUUUAAAAAGAUCAACCAGAGAACAAGAAGACGAAGUUAAGAAGAUUGUAGCAUCAUAGAACUCAGUGUUAUGAUGCAGGCGUUUACAGACUUCAUUAAGUUCACAGUAAAAUGGAUUUCCUGCAUUCCACUCUUUGUAAUGCAAGUUUGUGUUUGUUUUUGCUAGCGGUGUUGUAACUUUUUGUGUUUUUAUUUAUCAAUUUAUGUCAUUUGCUUCCACUCCAUAGUGUUCUCUGUCAAUUAUUCUUAAUUGAGGUCAAAUUAGAGCUGUAAUUAGAUAAAUCAUGCUGAACAAAAUUGCUUUAUUUUCUGUAAAUAACGGUGUUCAAGAUGAGUAACUGUACUUUAACUUCCCAAAAUGUUCAUGAUAUUCACUAACUGUAAUUUUGUUGUGAGUUGACAAAUUUUAUAGUUUUUUGCCUAUUUUGUGAUGUUAGGUUGUAGAAAACUUUAUGGUUUACUUUAAAUGGUUUUUGCAACUUACUUUCAUUCAUGAAAAACUAUUCCCUUAACAAGAAUUAUUAUUUGUUAACAGUGUUAGAAAUCAUGAUAUGAAAAUGUAAUGAAAGUUUGAAAGUCAUCAUGACUUUUGGUCAUAAUUCAGUGUGCUUUUUGUAUAUUAUAAGUUGUUAUGAUCAUAUUUAAGUACAUAAAUACAUUUACUCUGCUUGUUCUCUCCUAUUAAGUAAUGUUACUUUUGUCUUGUAGCUUGAUAGCAUAUGGUAGGGGUAACAGUUACUGUAAAAAAACUAGAGUUUGUCUGUACACAAGAAAACAUUCAUUGAAAUAACUGCCUGUUCACAGCUCGUUUAGUUUUGUUAGAAUUUGGACAUGAACUUGCUUUAACCAUUUCCCUCUCAGAAGCAAAGUGAAAAUGGCUAAGUUCAAACAGCAUAAAACCAGAACAGUCUGCGAGCUGUUUGCUGCUCAUCCUUAUCUAAGGGUUGGACAUGACACCUUUAAAACUUGACUAUAGUAAGAAAGGUCUUAAAUUAAUUUAACUUUCUUAGGGACUACAAAUGAGUCAAAAUACGUAUCUAUGAGAUAAAGGUUUAAAACUUCUGAUGGCGCUUCAAUAGCAUUCUCUCUGAUGUUUUUGACUUUCAAAGUUUCGCGUGAUGUGGCAGUCUUUCCUCAGUAAAAGUUAACGCUGUUUGUACCGGUACGUACAAUAAAGUUUAAAUGUUAAUUCAAUUGAUCAUUAUAAAUAAGCGUACAUUAACUUGAUGUUCCAACAAUUUUCUCUUCAAUAGCAUUCCUCCAUUAUUGAUUACAGUCAUUAAUUUAAGUGUAAAAUUGAGAGUCAACGUGAAUUGGUUGCUUGAAAUUCUAAAAUAUGCUGUGUUAUUAUGGAUCACAUAUGACUUUUUAUUUAACAUUUUAAAGCAUACAUGUCUUUAUGACUGAAAAUGUCUAACUUCAAAAAGCUUGUGAACAUGAACGUACGUGAAAGUCCAAUAGUGAUAUUAAGCAAUUAAAGAAUUGUAAGAUAUGGCCAAAAUCAUAGAUCCUGAUACCAAUGGCUUCUGACCCAUAUGUUAUUGAAAAUAUAUUUUACAUAGUGGCACUUUUAUUGAUGCUGGUUUUGAAGUAGGUAAUAACAGUACAUUGUUCAAAUUUAUUGUGAUUUUUCUUAGUUGUGAACAGGUAGUGUUACGAUGGUGUUAUUGUAUCGGUGCAAUAUUGAGGUAUCUUCUGUUUGGGCAUCUGUGUAUAAACCAGGUUAUCAAACCAAAUUGCUUGUAGCCGUAUUAACGUCUCUUUGUUGUACAUGCAUGUACUUGUAUUUAUAACCUAUCAUGUCUAUUUAUCAACAUUAUGGUAUUGUGAAUAUGAUAGUUUGCUGAAUAUUUAGAGAGAUUAUUUUAUCUGUCCAUUUUCCACAGAAUUGUAGGUAUAUAUUAAUACUUAUGUAAUUAAGUUAGUUAAUGUACAACAUUUAAUCAUGUUAUGCAAUUAAAGUGAAUGUUAUAUUGGAUAAAUUGUAUUUUGGGGAGAUGGGUUUUUUGGCGUGAUAAAAUGACUGUGAGUGUAUCUCUGCAUUAAGUUGCAUGCAAUUUUUUGAAUGACUUUUGCUGCCCAGUUUGUAUUUAAUGAAUAGUGCAUGCUAUUUUGUUUUCGGUGUAUUUAUUUUGUGAUGUGAAUGGGUAUGCUUUGAAGUAUAUAAAUAUAAAGAAUG